AUGGAAACCCGUCUUGGGGGAGAAAGAGCAAGAGAGAUCACUGACAGACUUCCAUUCGAUGGUGCAAUUAUUACGGAGACAAUUGGCCGUACUGGAGGCUUGUGGUUGCUGUGGAAUUCAGACAUGGUGGAGAUUGAUCAGCUGGCUACUACAGAACAAGAGAUCCAUGUUGAGGUCAAGGUACUAUCCUCUAAUCUAUCCUGGUUUUUUACUGCAAUUUAUGCUAGCCCGAGGAGUGAGGAGAGAAGUAUUUUAUGGAAUAAUCUGUCCAGAGUGGCAGAGAUGCAUAAUAAACCCUGGGUGAUAGCUGGAGAUUUUAAUGAACCCUUAGUUAAUGAGGAUAAGUUGGGGGGUAGACCAGUAAGCAUUAAUAGAUCCCUUCUAUUCAAGGAGUGCUUAGAUAGGUGUAAUAUGGUGGAUUUAGGGUUCAAUGGGCGAAGGUUUACUUGGACAAAUAAGAGAGAUGCCAACUAUUUUAUCCAAGAAAGGAUUGAUAGAUACUUCAUGAAUCCGAGCUGGUGUCUUCUGUAUCCGGAAGCUAGAAUUUCUCAUCUCACGAGAUGUCACUCGGAUCACUGCCCAGUUCUUCUUGAAACUCUGCCUAGGAGGAUGAAUUAUCUUAAUAGACCGUUCCGUUUUCAAAGCUUCUUGCUCUCUAACCCUUCCUUUUCGAGAGUAGUUAAUCAGGCGUGGAAGAGGUCUAUGGAGCUUCCGGAGAAUAUAGAAAAUUUUGCAAAGGAGGCUAAGCUGUGGAAUAAGAAUCAUUUCGGGAAUAUAUUUGCAAAGAAAAGGAGAAUCAUGGCUCGUUUAGAUGGAGUUCAAAGGGCAAUGGCUAAUAAUCCAUCUCCCUCUUUGAUUCUAUUAGAGUCUCAGCUUCUUAAGGAUUUGGAAAUGGUGAAUGGCCAAGAGACAAAGUGA